AUGACUGCGCCCCGGCUAUCAACCAUCAUCCCCAUUGGGAACCAGCACAACAGAAUUGCUCAACAACUUCCAAUCGGGGUCAUCACUCGACUAGUGCUCACCAAAGACAUGGUUCAACCAACUGUCAUGGAAGAUCUGGUACUGCAGUUGACAGCAUUCUUGACAGGAUGGCGAGGCUUUCCUGACGAAUUGAAAGCGCAAAUCCUCGGUCAUGUCCUUCCAGCCGGCCACCUCUUUGAUCAUCGAGACUUUACAUUGGCUGGUCAAUUCGAUGAACUAAGGGCUAUACAAUACCACAAACACGUCUUGCCCCUUAUUUCCAUUUCCGAGCUUGCCGGUCUUGUCACAGAAGUCUUCUACGCCAAGAACUUCAUGGAUAUUGAACUUGUAGGUCAUUGGUCUGAAGCCUGCAGCGCCAUUAGACCAACUGAAAUCCUACCUUCCAAGCAUGACUUACGCGUCAAAGGAUUGUCACCAUCUUCGCAGCUGCUUUAUCCCCAGAUGCAAGCACGCUCGUAUGCGCGACACUUGGUUAUCAAAAUCACACGAUUCGCGCCUGAGACCAUUAACUUCCUACAGUGUUUGAUGUCAGACGAUCUAGACAUGAACAAGCUCCACAGUGCAGUCCUCAUCUUCGCAUAUUGCAGAUUGGAUCGCGGUCAAAUGAUUGAUCUUCUUGCCUCUCUAGCACCAAUUGAGUUUCCAACACGAAAGCUGGAGAUUACGUCCCAUCGUGACUACAACGGGUUUCUUUGGGGCCACCCACCAGGUGCAUCAGCCAUUGUGCCCGAUGUCUUGGAGAUGCCGCUACUCGAGAAGCUGAUUAUCCGGUCAAAUGGCGGAAAGUUUCUUGAGAGGCUGAACCGAAUCCAUACACUGAAGGGCAAGCCGUCCACGGUGCAAGCUUGGCCUACAGCCGAUUUCGCAAAGCGACAGAGGGUCACUCAGAAGGUGGUGAAAAUUAAGUAG